AUGGCCAGUGCCCCACCAUCUGCUUCAUCCACAAAGGAGACAACAAACUAUGCCAGAUUGUGUCGUCUGCUGGUUGAUAUUGGAACCCAGGCUCUUCGAGAUACGUUUGAUGCCAUCCAUGCACCGGGAAAUCUACACUCAGUUUUGGCGGCAGAGAAGCCCACCUUACAAUAUCUUAGAAAGAAGAGGAUUAUCAAUCAAAUACAGUGGGGGAAGCUUUUCCCUGCCAUCCCUAACUUAGUGUCUUCACGUGACUUUGACACAACUUUGCUAAUGGUUCUGUUACGGAACCUAUGCGGCUUAACUGCCCCGCUGACCGGCUGGGACGCAUUGCCCGCCGUAACAGACCUCAGCAGGGAAGCGGACAUUGCCCGAGUUAAGUAUUUUAGGAAUACUGUGUACGGUCACGCUGAGAAUGCUUCUGUUGAUGACGUAAAGUUCAAUGACCACUGGCGUGACAUCCGGGACACUAUGAUCAGAUUAGGAGGCGUUUCUUAUAAAGCUGCCAUUGACUAUCUUAGAGACGAGUGCAUGGACCCUGAAAUUGAAGAUUGCUACAUAGAACUACUCAGAGAGUGGAAAAAGGACGACGACAACAUUAAAGAUCAGCUGAACGAGAUCAUGAAAAAGCUAGACGCCCUGGCUAAUAACGGUCAACCAUACCAACAGCGUAAACAGAACUCGGGCAGAGUUACCACUUGCAAAGAGAGCUUCCACGAGAACGAGCCACGUGACUCCUAUUACCAUGAAGGUGAAGUCUGUAUUCGUCUCAAAUGUGGGCAAACAGCUCAUGAUCCGCUGGGUAGAGUGGUACUGAGUGACACUGGUCAUUCGCGGUCAUUGGCUAGAGGGAAGGGUUUGCUAAAAGUGGAACAGGGCGCCGAAGCUAAAUUCACAGUAAUAACGCGAGAUCCAGGUGAACAACAGUUCUGUAACGAGCAAGAACAAGUGACCGUCACUGGCAGCGUUGGUCAACAUGAAAUUGAAAUCAAGUUGAAUAUAUGGCCGCUGACCGGUAGUCCUGAGAAAGUCGAGGUGAAGCCCCAUCAGUACAAAGUAGAGAAGUCUUUUGGGUCGAGAGAAUUAAACAAACCAUAUUGUAUCGCAAAGAAUGAAAUAACUGGAGACAUUGCAGUGGCAGAUUAUGUUAACAAAAGAGUCCUGGUCUUAGAUAAGGACAUGAAACAUGUGAAGACGAUAGGAGGCGAAGCAGACUCACAACAUAGUGUCAACAUAGGUUUUCCUGUCUCAGUGGCAUUCUCAAAGAGAAAUGACAUCAUGGUUACUCAUGAGCAGUUCAGUCCAUGUAAUAAGAAGCUUUCAGUUAUAACUGAUCGUGGAUUCAUCAUGGAGCAGUUCACUAAACAUCUGAUUAAAGCACAUCAUGUUUUUUUCAAAACUGAUGAUGGCCAUAUGAUCGUUUGUGAUGAAGGUGACAAAAAGGUGAAAGUCAUCUCCCCAGACGGGAAAGAAUUGCUGCUGGCCUUCUCUGCACCGGAUAGCGAAGUUUCCCCAAGCUUUCCAUGUUACUAUCGUGGCAGGUUCUUUGUAUCCUAUAUGAGAGCACAUUGUGUGAAGGUUUAUGAUAAGGAAGGAGUGUUUCUUUAUAACAUUGGCAGCGAGGGUUGUGGUGAAGGACAGUUGAGAUAUCCCGAGGGACUUUGUGUAGACUCCUUUGGUAACCUGAUCGUGUGCGACGCCAGUGGCAUUGAUGAAAAUCUCCACGAUGGCGUCCUGAAAAUGUUCACCUUGGACGGAACAUUUCUAACCUCAUUUGGCGAGGAUAAGAUCAAAGUUCCUUGGAUAGUGUGUGCCUGUAAUAAUGGCGAUCUACUCGUUGCCGAUCUUCUCGGGGACAGUGUUCAUAUUUUAAAAUAACCUGUUUCCUUCAUUGCAGAGUGAAACACAAAUGGAAUAAUUCUUCAGUUGGUAGCGUGAACGCUCCGAAAAGCCUACCUUUUUCCCUCUAAAAAAACCGCUUGUGUCGUUAUCCAUUACUGUUGAGGAGUAAAAUGAAUUUUUUUUUAACAUCAUAAGU